UCGCGAUACUAUGCUCGUGCAGUGCACACGCGUAUAAGAGUUUAUUUCCAUCUAAAUACAUCCGUCAGUUACGAAAUCACCAUGGAUUCGACCACAUGGCUAUUGGUCGUUAGUGCUAUAGUUCUGUGUCUCAGUGUCUACUACAAGAAAAAGCGACACAGCUUCAAAGACUGGGGCAUACCGCAGCCGUUCGAAGUGCCGUACCUCGGAUCUGUCCCUCGAAAUCUCUGGAAAAAAUACCACCUCUCUGACUUGAUGAAGGACAUGUACAAUUUCAACAAAGAAGCAAAGUACGUGGGGAUGCACACCUUCAUGAUUCCAGUGGUCAUUAUAACCGACAUCGACCUCGUCAAGACGGUUCUGAUCAAAGAGUUCGAUCACUUUGCCGAUCACAGAGAGCUCGGCGAUGCUGUGGGGGAUCCUCUGUUGACGAAAAAUCUCAUCGCGAUCAACGGAGACAAGUGGCGCGAGCUGAGGCAACUCCUCAGUCCAGCUUUUACCUCGAGUAAAAUGAAGUUGAUGUUCGAGUUGAUGUCUGACUGCGCGGACAGAUUCACGAAGAGCUUCUCCGAGCAGUUUCUUAAAGAAGACGACACCGACAUGAAAAAAGCGUUCACCAAGUACACCAACGACGUGAUAGCCACCUGCGCAUUCGGCAUAGAGAUCGACUCGAUGAAGAAUCCCAACAACGAGUUCUAUCGUUACGGCAGAGAGGUCACCAACACCGAUGGUUUGGCUCAGCUCAGAGCUAUCUACAAGAUGCUCUUCAUGAUCAUGUUCCCGAGAUUCGCGAAGUUCAUCGGUAUGGAGCUCAUGCGGGAGAAGAUAUCGAAGUUCUUCAUCGGCGUCAUCGACGAAGCCAUCAAGCAAAGGGACGAGAAGGGAGCAACGCGCCCGGACAUGCUGCAGCUUAUGAUGGACGCACGUGACAAGAAUUCGAAGCUGGACCUCGUGGACAUGACGGCCCAGGCGUUUCUGUUCUUCGUGGCUGGUUUCGAGACAGCUUCGUCCAACAUGUCCCUAAUGGCUCACGAGAUAGCCGCCAACCCGGACGUCCAGGAGAAGCUUCACGCCGAGAUAAACGAGGUCUCGGAGAAGUCCGGUGACAAGGUGACCUACGAAGCCAUAGCCAACAUGCCCUACCUCGACGCCGUCUUCCAGGAGACGUUGAGACUGCAUCCACAACUGGCUUUCCUCAGCAGAGUCUGCUCGAAGACCUUCGAGCUGCCACCUGCGUUACCUGGUGCUAAACCGUACGUUAUGAAGGCCGGGGAGGAGAUAAUGAUUCCCGUUACAGGUAUUCAUCAGGACCCAGCUUUCUUCGAAGAGCCGACCAAGUUCAACCCGGAGAGAUUUUUGGAGAAGAAGAUCACCACGACCGGUGAUCCCAAGAGCCUGGGAUUCGGGAUGGGACCGAGGAUGUGCAUCGGAAACAGGUUUGCCAUACUCGAGACGAAGGUUCUGUUCUUCUAUCUUCUGAGGAAGCACACCCUGCAGCCUUGUUCCAAAACUUGCCUUCCGUUGAAGUAUCACAAGUUCAAGGUUGGUCCUAUUCCGAAGGAAGGAUUCUGGCUGAGAGUGAGAGAGAGAUGAACUGAAUUGUAAAAUAGAUAAUAUGAUUGAAUACGAUCGUUUGACACUUUGAUACAUGUGUAUUUUUGUAAGCAUGAGAUUUAAUCGCUCCAGUUGUGUACAUCUCUGAUGAACUUAAAAGAUUCAUAAGAGAUAAGCUUUAUCGACGAGGAAACUCUUUGAUAUUGAUAAUGGCUAUUAUUGCCUUAGCUUGUAAUCGUAUUGUACUGAUCGACAACACUUUUUUUGGCAAUAAGUAAGCUGUUCGUGUUUAUAAUCUGUGAUAUAUUUAUACAUUUAUAGUAUGUGGCUGUAGUAUAUAAUAUUCUAACAAUUGUUUAUAUUGUUGUAAA